UGAGUUUUCCAUUUUUCCAAUCCGUGGGUUGGGAAAGUGAGGAGUGAAGUGAAAAUGAGCAUGGCAUCGACGGCAGCGUACCUGGCUCGGCGGGCGGCGCAGAAGGAGAGGGUUCGGAUCCUGUACCGCCGCGCCCUCAAAGACACUCUCAACUGGGCCGUACAUCGCCACCUCUUCUACGACGACGCUUCAAAUCUCCGCGAAAGGUUCGAGGAAAACAGACACGUCGAAGACCCUGAUACCAUUGAUAGGCUCAUAGCGGAUGCUGAAGCCUCCUACAACAAGUGGCGUCAUCCUGAUCCUUAUAUAGUUCCUUGGGCUCCUGGUGGUUCUAAGUUUACUCGUAACCCAACUCCGCCUCAAGGGAUUGAGAUAGUUUAUAAUUAUGGCCGGGAAGAGAAUGACUGAAAUUUGAAAUUUUUGGUGGCACCCUUGCAAUGAAUAAAGGUCUGCAAUCAAACUGUUCUGUAUUCCAAGAUUGUGGAUUAAAUUUCCUUCGUUUACACUUAUGUGAUGAAUAUAAAUUGAUACAGAAUCCCAUCCAUGCUUAUGAUGUUGAAAAAUUUGAUCACCUACAAACUAGAUGGUACUUGGAUCAUUGAAUUUUUUAGGAUUGCAUUGGAACUUC